AUCAGACCACCUUCUCCUAGCAUGAUCAACCUCUGCCCAGUUCCCCGGGCCCCACUCCUUGCCACCAACCCCAUGCUGCAAGGGGCACUGCUCAUGCAACAACCGAUGCGAGGUAAGUCUCGGUCUUCUCUUCUCUCACAGGAAGGUGGUUGAUGUAUUAGUAGCAUAUAGAAGCAUCAUAAUGCUGUGGAGAUGUUAUAGGGAUAUGAAAUUAUCCUCCAAGUACAUACAAUGUCUUCCUCCUCUAUCUGUAGGUAACAUGCGAGGCUUGGCCAUGGGUAGUGGCCUACCCUUUACUUCAUUUUUGGCUGAGGGGGCAAGGCAAUCUCUCCUUGGACCAGCUCCUAUCCCCCAAGUGGGAUUGUCCUCAUCAGGACCCUAUCAUUCCCAUGCACACAUUUUAAACAAGGUUAAUCUCUUCUUCUACCAUUCUGACUCUGAGACCCUUUCUGGGCAGGACUGCUACAGUAUAGGGUACAUCUACAGUACCAUUCUCUUCUUUACUUAAAUGAACAUGGAGCAACUGCACAUCCUAAAAUGAAUUGUCAGUGUGAACUAUUGAAUAAUGAUUUAAUGAUGUGUGUUGUGUUUGUGUCCAAACAGGACAUUUGUGUUAGGAAGAGGGAAAAUGAACGGACUGGAAGUGCUGGUGGCCAGCUGAGCUCCAGCAGUGCAGAGGGGCCCGGGGAGAGGGGUGAUAGGACUACCAAUACAGGUGAGUCCCAUGGUCUUAUCUCACCUAUACACCUGACUCUGGUGUGGGUUUCCAGAAAUCCUCUUAGCUAACCUGGCACCUUAUUUCUGUUGACACCCCAGCCACACAGCCACGAGAAAGUAACAAUAAAAAUCCAUGUUUGACGGUCUAUCUUCUGUGUGUGAACAAAGAAAAUGCUGGUCUGGGUCGUCAAAAUAAAUAAAGUACCGCAUUAGCUACUGUUAUCUUCACAACUAAAUUGAAUACAGAAGUACUUGUGUCAUGAAGAAAGAUAGCACUUGAUUUAAAGUGUCUUGAUAUGCCCGUUUCAAUUUGUGCUGAUCUGGGUAUGUGUUAUCCUUGUUUUACAGAGAUGGAGGAUACGGAAUCAGAUGGACAAUUAUUUGCAAAGCAACAGGAGGAGCCUGAGAUGAAGAAGCCGAAGAUGAAUGGGUAAGUAUCUAACUGGAGUUGUUCAGUAGGGCUUACCGCAGAACAAUGUUUUGCAAUGGAAAACAAAAGUCUGUAUUAUUGGACAUGUUCAAGUUCAGACCUCCAUGUUUUCACUCUGUUGUCUACCUACUAAACACAACCCAGUUAUUCUGCCCACCACCACAGCUAUGUUGAAUUUAAAUCUGUUUUUGUUAUUUAUUUUAUUUAUUAUUAAUAUUUUUAUUUUCUGGACCGAUCUUAUUCACAGGUCAGAAGAGCCUGUGAAUAUAACAAUUGGACAAGAGCCAGUCCCGAAGUCUGAUAAUAGAAUGCCAACAGAUGUAUCGAAGCCUGUAGGUCUGUGUUUUGAGGAUUUCGUGGCACUCUUGAUUCUGCCACAUUGCUGUUGUAAUGAAAUAGGAAUCAAAUCAAUGGUAUAGAUAUUUGCAGCUGACAUACCAGGAGACAUGAAAUAGGUCACCAGGGGUGUAUUCAUUAGUGCACACUGUAGCCAAACUCUUUGCAACGGAAAACAUUUCGCAAUGAAAACGAGCGUUUGUCAUUGGACAAGUUCAGCAUAGUCCCUUUGCAUUUCGGCUGUUUGCUUCCGUUUGAUUUCUAGUGAAUACAGCGCUGCUUACAGCUAAGCCAUUGCCCUUAUACAUUUUUUAUUUUAUUUUAUCUAUCCCGCAGGUCCAGCUUUUGUUUUAAUUCAUCCAUUGUGGUUUUAGCGCAGAAUAUAUUUUGCUUUUCGAUAGAUAUCUCUGCUGUCGAGUACAGAGGAGGAAGCACUUCCAUUCAAGUGGCGGAGGAAUGUUGCGAAGAAAGUAUAACAGCAGAAGUACGUGGGCACUAAAGGAAUUUAAGGAUUUAAUUGAAUUUCCUAAUCCUGAUGUUGUUAAUUUAAAAAAAAUUCCAUCUGCGAGUGUUGUCUGUGCUGACUAGAUGCUGGCCUGUGUGUUGGGCUGCAGCAUGUUCUGGGGGUAGGCACGUCCCUGAAAGUCACCAUCCAGCAGAGCAGCGAGAGCCGGGCGUUCAGCACAGGCCUAGAGGAGUUGGCUGCAGCCACGGGGACCCCCUGUGGUGUAGGGGGACAGGGUGAGGACAGUGACAGGGGAGCUGCGUCUGACAGCCACUACUGCUACAUCUGCAGCCUCCCCUACCACAACCAGCAGGUGAGGACAAAGCCACACGCUUCAAGCUAGCACAAGUACUAUAAAACCGUACAGCUGCUUGGGGAAUGGACUGUCAAUAUCAUGCUUGUUGGUUCCUUUGAACCUAGGCAAGCAGAAUGUUAGGCUAUUUCUCACUUUGAGAAGUGAUGCACCUGUGUACAUCCAACUAUAGAAUUGAAAUAAUACUAGUUUUUUGCAGCGUCACACAAUAUAAUAUUGUAUAUAUAUACACACACACACACACACACUACCAGUCAAAAGUUUGGACACAUCUACUCAUUCCAGGGUUUUUCUUUAUUUUUACUAUUUUCUACAUUUGUAGAAUAAUAGUGAAGACAUUAAAACUAUGAAAUAACACAUAUGGAAUCAUGUAGUAACCAAAAAGUGUUAAAUAAAUCAAAAUAUAUUUUAUAUUUGAGAUUCUUCAAAUAGCCACACUUUGUCUUGAUGAAAGCUUUGCACACUCUUGGCAUUCUCUCAACCAGCUUCAUGAUGUAGUCACCUGGAAUGCAUUUCAAUUAACAGGUGUGCCUUCUUAAAAGUUAAUUUGUGGAAUUUCUUUAAUGCGUUUGAGCCAAUCAGUUGUGUUUUGACAAGGUAGAGGGGGUAAACAGAAGAUAGCCUUCUUUGGUAAAUAAGCAAAGAACAGCUCAAAUAAGCAAAGAGAAGCGACAGUCCAUCAUUACUUUAAGACAUGAAGGUCAGUCAAUAUGGAACGUUUUCAAGAACUUUGAAAGUUUCUUCAAGUGCAGUUGCAAAUACCAUCAAGCGCUAUGAUGAAACUGGCUCUCAUGAGGACCACCACAGGAAUGGAAGACCCAGAGUUACCUCUGCUGCAGAGGAUAAGUUCAUUGGUGUUACCAGCCUCAGAAAUUGCAGCCCAAAUAAAUGCUUCACAGAGUUCAAGUCACAGACACAUCUCAAUAUACACUGUUCAGAGGGGACUGUGUGAAUCAGGCCUUUAUGGUCGAAUUGCUGCAAAGAAAACACCAAUAAAGGACACCGAUAAGAAGAAGAGACCUGCUUGGGCCAAGAAACACCUCACAAACACAUGGACAUUAGACCGGUGGAAAUGUGUCCUUUGGUCUGGAGUCCAAAUUGGAGAUUUUUGGUUCCAACCGCUGUGUCUUUGUGAGAUGCGGUGUGGGUGAAUGGAUGAUCUCCGCAUGUGUAUUUCCCACUGUAAAGCAUGGAGGAGGUGUUAUGGUGUGGGGGUGCUUUGCUGGUGGCACUGUCUGUAAUAUAUUUAGAAUUCAAGGCACACUUAACCAGCAAGGCUACCAUAGCAUUCUACAGCGAUAUGCCUUCCCAUCUGGUUUGGGCUUAGUGGGACUAUCAUUUGUUUUUCAACAGGACAAUGACCCAAAACACACCUCCAGGCUGUGUAAGGGCUAUUUUACCAAGACGGAGAGUGAUGGAGUGCUGCAUCAGAUGACCUGGCCUCCACAAUCCCAAGACCUCAACCCAAUUUGAGAUGGUUUGGGAUGAGUCGGACCGCAGAGUGAAGGAAAAGCAGCCAACAAGUGCUCAGCAUAUGUGGGAACUCCUUCAAGACUGUUGAAAAAGCAUUCCAGGUGAAGCUGGUUGAGAGAAUGCCAAGAGUGUGCAAAGCUGUCAUCAAGGGAAAGUGUGGCUAUUUGAAGAAUCUCAAAUAUAACAUAUAUUUUGAUUUGUUUAACACUUUCUUGGUUACUACAUGAUUCCAUGUGUUAUUUCAUAGUUUUGAUGUCUUUACUAUUAUUCUACAAUGUAAAAAAUAUAGAAAAACCCUUGAAUGAGUAGGUUUGUCUUAACUUUUGACUGGUAGUGUGCAUUCGGAAAGUAUUCAGACCCCUUCCCUUUUUCCACAUUUUGUUAUGUUAGAGCCUUAUUCUAAAAUGGAUUAAAUAAAAACAUUUCCUCAUCAAUCUACACACAAUACCCCAUAAAGCGAAAACAGGUUUUUAGAAAUGUUUGCAAAUUCAUUUUUGAUUUAGUUUUAGUCUUAAUACCUUUUAAUCUUAGUCACAUUUUAGUAAUUUCAUCCUUCGUUAGUUUUAGUUAUCAUUCGACUAAAACUCUGGACAAUUAUAGCCAAGUUUUAGUCACAGCCAUUUUAGUCACAUAAGUCAGUGCAUUUUUUAAAUUUUAAAUACUGAAUAUUCAGGCUACCUCUAACUUCCAUCAUGUGCACAUUCAGAUAUCCUUGUCCAACUAGGUCUACUAUCCCCUCGUAUAGCUUAGCAGGUAACAUUGAUAUUGUAACAGAUUGUAACCAAAGCCAGCCAUAAUUAACCCUAUAGGCUAUAAAGCAUUGGCUACAGGUUAAACAAUUUACAGCUCUGAUUUUUCUCCCCAUCAUGACCAUCAAGGGGGUGCAUAAGUGGUUUCCUCGAAAACUGGAGAAUUUGAGCUUUACAAAAAUGCUAGAAGUAUUACUAUACUCCUAAUAUUCAACAAAUCCUUAUAGGAAAGAAGCGACCGCAACUCGCAUUUGCAGACAGCGGCGCAAGAGUGGCAACAGCGAUUUAAUGAAUGAAAAUAGAGCUUCAGAUGUGAUCAAAUCAAAAAUAGCCUACAUGAAAGUGAGAGUAAACAUUGUUUCUAGUAAAGGUUAGUUAUAAGUCAAGUGUCCAGUCUUUGCGUCAGUUAAAGAAAUUGACGAGUGACUGAAGUGACCGCCUGGGAGCUGUGUGGGAGAGCCGGGCAUAUCAGCUCAAUCAGACCGCUCAACUAAAAGAUGUCAAUUCUGCCAAUGAGAGGAGAGCAUUUAAAUAUUCUGCAUGCAUGCUUAGGAUUGGACAAAACAGAUGAAAAGGAGCACCAUGUCUCACGUGGAAUUCUCGUCUCUUUCACAUUUUCGUUGACUAAAAUUGACUAGUUUUUUUUUCCAGGGUGUCUCGUUAUAGUUAUAGUUUUAGUCAGGACAAAGGUCGUUGAUUAGUAUUUUUCGUCGUAGUUAUUGUUGACAAAAUGAAUACUGUAUGUAAGUGUAGAUGAUGUUAAACAUGACCAGGUUGAUAGAUGUUCUUGCUGUCAAAUGAAUGGUCUUUCCACCCAUCAAAUUAAUUUACUCUGUCUGCCUCUCGCUUGCAGAAUUUCCAGAGCCAUAUGAACGGAGUGGAACAUCAACAAUGUAUGAUGGAGAUUCAGCAAGUGAGCAAUGCCUGUCUGGUCAAUCUAUUACCGCUGGUGGGCAACUCCCUACAGGGCACACACAAAGCCGGGUAAGGGGCAACCUCUAUUACCAUAUUACUUACUACGCUUCUCUAUCAUCACAAUACUCUGUCAGUGGUGGUGGGACUGAGACAUGGGGGCUGGCAGUAGCCAGGCACCCUGGAAAACGCAACAGGGCGGAUUUCAAAUUCUGUUUGGCUACAUUCCAGGGGCAAAAAAACAGGAGGGGUGCGGCGCUGGUGUGCAACCUGCCAAACACACUUUACCGGCGACCUCAUCGAGCACCGGAGGACCAAGGAGCACAAGGUAAAAGUGACAUCAGAGAGAAGCGCUAAGGUUGGGGAGAGUAAAAAGGCCAAAUGGGCUUUGUGGAGAACGGAAGCGGGUAGAGCCAUAACAUAAACCUUUUCCUCCCUCUGGUUUCUCAGCUGUCAAAGCAGUCCUCACGUCCCUUCUGCACCGUCUGCAAACGCCACUUCAGGACACCACGGAAGUUUGUGGAGCACAUGAAGUCCCGAGAACACAAGCGGCAGGUGGCAGAGGUGUGUGUGUGCAUGUGAAUGAACAACAGUAGUGCAUAAUAAUGUGUGUUUAUGGAAUGGCACAUAUUGUAAAAUUUCUAAUUUGUCAUCCAUGGACCUUUCAUUUUUGGUUUGGGGCAUUUGUCCUUGUUUAUGACUUGACUAGUCUCGCUUGGCUACUUACCACUUCAGGGGCAAAUCCUAACUGCCACUUUAGUCAAAUUUUCAAUGCAUUACUAAGUGAAAAUUAGACAGAAGGUGGGAUUUGCCCCUUAAGUGACCAAUGCACCGUUCAUGAAGCACAAUGUCCAGCAGAGGGCACUGUUUAGCUCAGUGUUGAUUCCCCCCAUGUCCUCCUUUUGAGCCCAGCUCCGGGAGGAGGGAGAGCCAGAGGUCCUUGAGGAACUCAUCACUGUGGAUGCAGUGGGAUGUUUCGAGGGAGAAGAUGACUUUGAGGAGGAGACCCAAGAGGAUGAGGAUAGCAGGGUAUUAUUUGACUAAAUUUCCCAAGCAACAUUCCUGCCAUGCGUCAUGUUUAAUUUCUCACUCUGUUUUUGCAGGGAGCGCAGCCUGGUCAAAGAGCGGUCCCGCUAGAGCAAGCGGGGGACUACGAAGCGUUUGAUUCCGAAACACAAUACGGUGAUUAUGCUGUUGCUAUGAUGACGCACCCAGUCACUUAGAAAGGAUUGAUAAAAACGAAACUGGAGGAUAGAAAGUGAGAAGAAGCAUGGUUAUUUAUUUCCCACCGCAUUUAUAUCUCUCCAUUUAUUUUCUCCAGGCUCAAGCUUUGUUGUACCAGUGGCUGGUUUUCUCUGCAGACUGUGCCAUAAGUUCUUCUAUUUCGAGUCCACGGCCAGGCACAUUCACUGCAAGUCCCUCAUGCACUUCCAGAACUUACAGGUAUGUGCCAUAGACCCAAUCGCAUUCAUACUUCAAUCAAUCAAAUUGUAUUUAUAAAGCCCUUUUUACAUCAGCAGAUGUCACAAAGUGCUAUACAGAAACCCAGUCUAAAACCCCAAACAGCAAGCAAUGCAGAUGUAGAAGCACGGUGGCUAGGAAAAACUCCCUAGAAAGGCAGAAACCUAGGAAGAAACCUAGAGAGGGGUGGCCAGUCCCCUUCUGGCUGUGCCGGGUGGCGCAGUGGUCUAAGGCACUGCAUUGCAGUGCUAGCUGUGCCACUAGAGAUCCUGGUUUGAAUCCAGGCUCUGUCGUAGCCGGCCGCGACCGGGAGACCCAUGGGGCGGCGCACAAUUGGCCCAGCAUCGUCCAGGGUAGGGGAGGGAAUGGCCGGCAGGGAUGUAGCUCAGUUGGUAGAGCAUGGUGUUUGCAACGCCAGGGUUGUGGGUUCGUUUCCCACGGGGGCCAGUAUGAAAAAAUUAUGUAUGCACUCACUAUAACUGUGUCGCUCUGGAUAAGAGCGUCUGCUAAAAUGACUAAAAAUGAGAUUAUAAUAGUACAUGGCCAUUAAGGCCAGAUACUUAGUGUCUUGUUGUCAAACUGCAGCAAUUACACAUACCUCCUCCACAAAGUGCUUGCUCUCUUUUCAUUCCUCACAUCUGCCUCUUAUGUCUCUGUAUUAGAAGUACAAAGCCUUGAAGAAUCAAAAGAGCUCCGCUGCGGAGGACACCGCGAAGACAAGGACAUGCAGCCGAACAGUGGGGGACUCCCCUGACCUGAGAGACAGUAGAGAUAACAAGGAGGUUAUCCAAGUGGAAAAUGACUGCAACAUGGCUAGGGACAACACACAUCCCUGUGGUACCUCCUCUACCACGAUCGAGAUGCAUCCUGUUGUCUCUACUCAGGACGAGGCAGAGCAGGACAAUAUCUCCACUGCCACUCCGCAGGUCUCAGAACAGCUGGACUCAGACUCCGUAUUGCCAAAUACCGCAGUCGCUGUCUAUAGGCCGUGCGGCUGUGCCACCCAGCCUCCUUCUGGCUCAAGCUCUGGAUUGGAGAACAUGGUGAAGCCGCCUCCAUGCCAAAGGUCCCAACCGAGCCUCCAGGAGUAUGGGCAUGAUGUGACUGGAGAAAAAAGCUCCUGCAGAGGUGGAUGUGCUCUUGCUUUGCCUGCAGGGCAGCAGAACACAAACAUGAGCAUGCCUCAAACUGCAAGCGAGCCACCACGAGGCAGCCUCUUGGAAAGAGAGCAUCUGCAGCAGGAGAGCGCCACACUGUUGAUGCCACAUAUACUCAAACUGGACGAGGACAGAGAACUAGUCAACAGAGAGGAAAUUGGAACUAGAGGAGUCAGCUGGGAUGGGGCCAGGAAAAUUAAGGAGCACGUCGAAAAGAAUGGUGUCCAAAACUAAAUCUACAAGGACAACUCACACAAAAACCUGAGAGAGGAGGGUCGUGUGCACAACCCAGGAAUGUAGCACAAACUAAGCCUCACAAGUCGUUAAUGAUGAUUGAUGGGAUAUCUACACCAUGGGUGUGUGAGUGAUUGAAAGAGUCACCCAAGAUAAGAUUUCACAGACAUCCUGUUUGGUUACAGUAAAGUAGGCCUAGUUUAGUUUGAAUGGAAUCACCAGUUUGUGUUAAUAAAAUAGUACGUGAUACCAUUCACAGUAUUGCAAGGGAUCUCCAAUCACAGUGAGUGAGGUCAUAUUAUGUUAAUGUUGUUUUCUUUAAAGAAAGUGCCUUUGGAUCAUGAGCUCAAUCAAGUCUACCUAAUAUAUUGUCUAUUUCCUCCCUUUUGAGCUCUGAACUAAUCACAGUCACACCAUGCAAUCCCAUUCAGGUCAAAACAAUUUGCUUUUGAUCAUUACAGGGUCAAUCUGUCUACAAUAUUUACAGCUGUUCAAGGGUUAUUUCAAUUGAUGAUUUACACCCAUUCAUUCUUGAAGAAUGUAAUUUAUAAAUGCCUUAUGAGCUUAGUACAACUAUCUUAACACAAAAUAUAUAUGGUGGUUGUUUUACUCCAUGGUUUGUACUUUAUAAACAAUUAGCUUCCAAAUAAGUUUAAACUGUAAUUUUGAUCUAGUCCUUCCUUGCAUCCAUAGCUCCAUCUAUGA